CUACGUCUCUCUAGGUUGUCGAGGUCGGUGAUCGUUGUAAAAACCAGCCCGACACUCCACGUGGAGGCGAAUGACUUCGGUACGCACGCUCGUGCCGCUAGUACAGAUUCUUUCUAUACCGACUUGACGGCCUCGUGUAAACGCCACAGUCGUUCGCCUCGAUGCAUCGCUCCUCGUGCCGUUCAUUUAGCAGUUGUUUUGGCCUGACCAAUCAACGUUUAUUAUAAAUAGAACGCGCUGCUUGCCAUAAACAAAUGCAUAUCGGCGUUGGUGUUGCCAUUUCGACGUUCACUUCUUUUUUCAUGACCUACCUUGCGAUUUGCGCGAUAUUUGGUGAGAAUCGAGGGAGAGUGCGUUGACUCGGGUCCCUUUUCGGGGGUCAAAAACCGACCUAAGCCGCCCUACCCCCACCUACGCAAUGCACACGCACGGGGCGGAGCCUGGGUCCCAUCAUCAACGCACUCGCACUUGUCAUACUCCUGCAUUGUUAUGGUGCAUUUUCGGUGAUGGAAGCAGUGCCUUCUGGGACGUCUUGAUGUGUUGUUUGGUCGCGAGUUUUUACUAACACUCAGUCAUGGCUCAAAAAACCUGCGACAAUGAUAAGACCAACGCGCAGGAGGUUUUCAUCAAAAAUUUACUCAUGAGGUGCAAGGCGGAACGGAGUGAGGAUCUUUGGCAAAUGCCGGAAAUGGUUGGCUACUACACCGAAGGACCCUUGGCCGUUGCGCCUAUUCCAGCCGUUGAUGAGGCCCGCCUUUCCGUAAAAAAAGUCGUCUGCAGUCCCGAUUUACCCAUGUCCGAAUUUCCCUCCAGCGCCACUCCUCAGCUGGAUCCAACCGUCAACAUUCAGUGUCAAAUCUGCAAUAAAAUGUUUGCUACAAAAUCCGCCUUCCAGGCGCACCAACGCUCCCACACCCAGACCCAAACCCACACCCGCGAAACGGAGGAUCCCUACCGUUGCAACAUUUGCUCGAAGACAUUCGCGGUCCCGGCCCGACUCACUCGCCACUACCGGACUCACACCGGGGAAAAACCCUUCCGAUGCGAAUUCUGCAACAAGCGGUUCAGCGUUAAAGAGAACUUGAGCGUUCACAGGAGGAUCCACACCAAGGAACGUCCUUACAAAUGCGAUGUUUGUUCUCGAGCUUUCGAACAUUCGGGCAAGUUGCACAGACAUAUGAGGAUUCAUACGGGGGAAAGACCUCACAAGUGUGACGUCUGCUCCAAGACUUUCAUCCAAUCGGGGCAGUUGGUCAUUCACAAGAGGACGCACACGGGGGAGAAACCCUAUGUGUGCACCGUGUGCUCCAAAGGGUUCACUUGUAGUAAACAAUUGAAGGUCCAUAGUCGUACUCACACUGGGGAAAAACCCUACUCGUGCGAGAUUUGUGGUAAGUCCUUUGGGUACAACCACGUGUUGAAAUUGCACCAAGUGGCCCACUACGGGGAGAAAGUCUACAAAUGCACGAUUUGCAACGACACUUUCAACUCGAAGAAGAGCAUGGAGGCCCACAUUAAGAGUCACUCAGAGAACGCCCCCACAGCUUCAACUCCUCCCGCUUCGUCUACCUCGAGCGAAUCGUCUUGCUCAUCCAGCACUAGUGACAAAGAGAACAAAGACUCGUUACCAACUCAGGAACCUCUUAGUUACGAUUCGGAUAUCCGGUAUCUCAUCUACCCCCGCGACCCCCUGUCGCCCGGCUACAUGGUACCUCAGUCGUACUCGGGGACGGGGGUGGAGCUUCUGGCGGCGGCGGCCACUGCCACCGAACGCGAAGACGUGGUGUUUAACAUCAUUACGAAGAAUCCGGUGAUGACGGCGAUUCGGCAGCAACCGUAUUUCCCGACCCCCACCGUGCAAUACACCCCGUUGAAUGCCGGAGAUGCCAUUAGGAAGAAGGUGGAGGCGGUGUUGGGAGUCGGCGAGAUCCCCUCUGAGGAGGAGAAUAUCCUGACGCCCCCCAGCUCGAAUCCCGUGUCGCCGGCGUCGUCGCCAGUGUCAAGUUCGCCGGACCGAGAGUUGAGUCUUCCGCCGAGGAAGAGAUCGAGGAUGAUCUUGAAGUCGUUGGAAGAAACAAUAGACUUGUCACCAGUGCGUUACAGUUCGGUGAUACAAUAUGCGGGAGCGUCGUAAUUUAUUUACCAAAUGGCCGUACUUUGAGAGUUAUUUUUUGUUACAGACUGUUUUUCUCUUGGACUUGAUUAGUUGAUUUUUUUGCGGGAGCUUUAAUCAACGUUCAAACAACACCAAAACGGACUUUUUUUUUCUGUGAUAAGACUGUAUGAUAACCGACAUUUUACCUCAUUGCAGUGCCUAGGGUGCAGAUACCCUCGCAAUAUUGUGUUACACGAGACUUAGAAGUGUAAUGCUCAUCUCAUUAUUAUUUUAUGUCGUUUUUAGUAUUUUUAUUCUAUUUUCCAAUCUUAUAGAUAAUUGAAAAAUAGCGUAAAACGUAGAAGUGGAUUUUCUAUUGAUUUUUAAUAAUAUGUUUACUUUUUCAUAAUGUAAAAGUGUACUGUAUUUCAUAGUCUGAACCGUUGAUUGAAAUACAACUCAAUGGUAGUAACUUAUUGUAUUCCUUAUCAUCUAUGUAUUGAUUAAACGAUUCGCAAAAAUAAAAUGUACCUAUAUUGAA